AUGGCUUGUAAAACAUCUUUUGAGCUGCAUCAUAACUUUCCAAAGUUAGCGGAAGAAUCUGGCUUUACAUUUAAUACACACAAGCCACGAGUGCAUAUCGAAUGGAACAAAAUAAAAUUAAUAGACAUAGAAAGUUUAAUAAGAGAGAGAAAAUUUGUAAUAGUUGAACAACACAUAAAUGAUAUUUUAGACUGCGUUUUAGAAUCUGAAUUCGAUGUAAGAAUUUUAGACGAUGGUGUACUUAAAAUAUUCCGAUUGGCGCAACUAGCUGUCGAAUAUCAACAAUUUUGCCGGCAUUAUCUCGAUCGCAGCGUUUAUAUACUGCGAGAAGAAGUUACAAAUUUACUAAAGGAGUUGGAUACAACAAAAAGGAAUUUGAUGGAAAAAGAGGAAGAAAUUAGAAGAGUGAGAAGAAAAAAUAAGCAAUACACACGUACUCCCCUUCCUUACGGAAAUGAAAACAUUGCCACCAUGUUGCUAAAAACUUUAAAUCAAAAUAAAGGGGAUAUGUUUGGUUCUCCAUCUCAAGCAGACCUAGUUCAUCAUAACAAAUGCAAUUAUUGUGAAAAAGUUUUUCUAAAUCAAUUAUAUUUAAAAAGUCAUAUUUCAAGGCGUCAUGCAAAUGUACUUGAAAUACCUCAAAAAGAUACAACAGAUAAAAACAUUAUAAAUGAAGAUAAUAACCCGCGAGUGAAUGAAGAGAUUGCAGAACUCAAACUAAAAUUAAAGCAAAUGGAAGAACUUAUUGUUAACACGCAUAACUAUAAUAAACCUAAUGCGUCUAUUACACAUUUAGAUACACAAAUAACAGAACAGAAUAAUGUUAAAAAUAAUUGUAUUAAUAGUAAUGAAAAUGCGAUCAAGGAAAUGAAAGACGCUGAAGUUUUAACAAAUGAAGAUGAAUAUUUGUUAGAUAAAAUUCAAGAAUGGAAAAAAGAAGAAUACGAGAAAUAUAAUAAGGAAAUAAGUCUAUUGCGCAAUCAAAUAAUAGAUAUUGUAAGUAAAAAAGAAAAAGAGGAUCAGUCGACAAUUCAAAAUGAACUGAAAAUUAUGGAACAGCUGCAAAUGACGAUAAAACAACAGGGAGCAGAGAUAAUCGCAUUAAAACAGGAACUAAUCAAGGAAGAAAAUAAUGAAAAAGAAAAACAUAAAGAUAUUGAAAACCAAAUGAGUUAUUGGAUAAAACAGGCAGAAAUGCAAUCUAAUGAACAUAAAGCACUAUUGCAAAAACUAAAUGAAGUGGCAAAUGAAGCAAAAGCGUAUAAAGCCCAGGCUGAUGCUGAAAAAGAAAAAUCUAUCAAGUUACAAGAAUUAUUACAAGAACGUUUAAACAGAGAACAAUUUUUGAUGAAAGAUUCGCCAAAAACAUCUAGUACAUUAAACAAAAGUAAAAGUAAAGAGUACUUGAAAUCAAAAGAAAGUAAUACACUUAAAACUGUACAAAGUUAUCCAACAGCCGAUUUAAAUACACUUAAAAAACUUCAACAAAAAGCUCAAGAACUAUUGAAUAUUGAUCAAAUAAGCUCUACUGAUAGUUCAAGCACAAGUGAUGAGAAAUCAAAAGCGAACUUAAUAAAGUAUGAAACGAAAACACCAUCGAAAACGGAAAGUUCUUAUAAGUAUGGUAUUAAUAGAAAUAAGCAAAAGACAACAAAAUCUAAGGAAAAAAGAAAAAAGUCCCGAAAUAUUGAAGAUAAUGGCAAAGUUCAAAAAUUAGACAACAGUUACGAACCGAAAUCAAAUUCCACGUUACAAAUAACAAAAAAAGAGAAUGGAUAUGUUCAUAUUCCUGGCAGUCCAAUGAAAGUUGUAAGAGCCAAAAUAACCGAAGAGGUCAAUCAUCGCUUAACAUCAUUGGGCGUAGAUCCACUUAAGAACAGAAUACCUCAAAACAUUUUUCAAAAACAACGAACACUCUUACAAAAACAAAGAGAAACAAAAACUAAGAAACUUCCUAUGAGAGAAAAAGUACUACAUUCUAUAAUAACGCAUUUAGAUAAAAAUACUUCUAGCAAUAACGUUUCACACAACGAAGUUUACAUCUCCCCAAGCAAGUCUCAUAAGACAUUUAGUUUAUCAUCAAUGUUUACAAACGUUAAAACAAAAGCUUUGUCUCUUGUUAAAUCUAAUGAAUCAAUUAACAAAUCGGAGAAAUCAUAUAAUGACGUUGCCAAAAGAGCUAUGGCUCUAUUAAAGACGCCCCCGGGAUCUGGACAGUCUAGCCCUCUGAAGAAUAGCGAACAUUUAACACCUGAUAAAUAUCUAAAUGAAACAAUGAAAGCAAAAAAAGAAGUAAAAAGGAAGUCUCAAAAAUUAAAAAGAAAUGAAACGGAAAUUUAUGAAGAAAAUGACACAAAUGACAGUAGCGAUAUAACUACUGCUGAUGAUGAGUUGCCAAAUGACAGAACCAUCAAAACAAUUAACUAUCUCAUCAAAUCACCCAUUCGCCGUCCUGAUAAUGCUUCCGAUAAACAAGGCAAGGAUGAUAAAUCUCAUCCUAAGAAUGAAGCUACUUACAAAUCAAACAUUGCAAUAGAAAGUGAUGACGUCGAGUCUAUUGAAAUAACACCAAGAAAGUGUUUCUCACAAGAAAAUAUUAAUAAUCCAAAGCAAACAAAAGGGGUUCUGAAAAAUGCUUCUUCUACAUCUUCUUUGAAUAAAAAGAAAGUUUUAUUCGAUAUGGAUGCAAUUCAAAUGAAAUCAUUAAGUGCUUCACCCUCGCAAAGUAUUACAGAGAAAAGUGAUAACAAUAACAAACAAUUAGAAUCCGGUGUUGUUAAUUUAGAAACAGAAGAAUGGGAUAUAUCGAGUAUAGAAAAUGAACCAUCAAUAUCAGCAACUAAAGUUCAAGUUACUUCUCAUAUAAGUCCGAAGAUAGCUGAAUUGAAAAAAAACAUAGAAUUAAAAUUAAAUUAUCGUAGUCCAACUCUUUCCACUGCCCUCGUCGGAGGAGUCGACGUGAUGGCCGCGCCAAUGCAAAAAGGUGGAAGUUUAAGAGGAAGCAACACAAGUCUUGGCAGUUCUAUAUUAGAUGAAACAGAUGAUGUACCAGUACAGAAUAACACAUUCUUCCGACAAUCGAAAAUUCCUGAAAAAGAUGAUAGCGACAUAGAAAUUUCAGACUUAAUUAACGACGCAGUAGAUAGUAAGCAUUAUAUCAAAUCCUUU